AUGUCACGUGGUGCAAACGACAGCUGCGCGCAGAAAAAAGGAUGCAGUUUGCAAUUUGUCUUCGAAUUCUCUGCAGUCCACCGUGUCUCCUUGCCUCUUCACGGUUGCAGUGCAAUUUCAGCGUCUUUCUGAAGAGCCGAGCUCAGAGCUGGUGUCAAUCCACUGUAGAUGGAUGGUUGCACAGGAGGACUUCGAAAGACCACUGUGUGAGCUCUUGGUGCAUCUGUCCUCCAGUCCGAUCCAUCUUCAGAGGGAAGAGCAGUGAUGAAAAGGUGCAAUCACUGCAGGACAUAGCAAGUCUCAUUCAGAGCGCGGGGUGCAGUAAGAUCGUGGUGAUGUCUGGUGCAGGGAUCAGUACGCCCAGUGGAAUUCCCGACUUCAGGUCACCGGGCAGUGGGCUAUAUGAUAAUUUACAACAGUAUGACGUGCCCUAUCCCGAGGCCGUCUUUGACAUUGGUUACUUUGCCCACAACCCAGAGCCAUUCUUUGCUGUGGCGAGGCAGUUGUACCCUGGGCACUGUAAACCCAACUUCACCCACUACUUCGUCAGGAUGCUGCACCAGAAGGGACUGCUGCUGCGAAUGUACACACAGAACAUCGACGGCCUCGAACGGAGGGCUGGGAUUCCACCACAGAAGCUUGUGGAAGCUCACGGGACAUUUGCCACGGCAACCUGCACUGUCUGCCGAGGGAGUUUCACCUGGGAGCAGCUCCAAGGGGACGUAAUGGAGGGAAAGGUUCCUCACUGUUCCUCCUGUUCUGGGGUCAUCAAACCCAACAUCGUGUUUUUUGGGGAACAGCUUCCACGGAAGUUCUACCAAUAUCUCAUCGACUUUCCGCUCGCUGACCUGCUGAUCAUUCUUGGAACUUCACUUGAGGUGGAACCGUUCGCCAGUCUGUCUGAGAUGGUGAGGAAUUCUGUUCCACGGAUCCUCAUUAACCAAGAUUUGGUUGGCUCCCUCACUCGGAACCCACUGCGGUCAAAGGAUGUGGUGGAACUGGGGGACGUGGUUCGGGGUGUGAAGAGACUCUCGGACCUGUUAGGCUGGACUGACCAAGUUAACCAACUGCUCAGCAGAGAACAGAGCGAGGUGUAACCUCCCAACUCCCUCCCGCAGCGUGAUUCUCCCUCGAUACCGCUCUGUUUUUGAAAUAAACAUACUCAACUUUAUUCAAGUACGAAAGACAUACAAAGCUUAGGCUUACCAUACGGUUACUGAAUUGAAAUUAAAAUACCCCUAUAGGAAUCGAUAAUGCACACAAUUCCCUGCUUGGCCACCGUUCUCAGAAAUCCCCCAUUGAACCCAAAUGAUCACAUGCUCCCUCUCCGAGGCCGCCUUGGCACAGAUGUAGAACUGGACGAGGGGCAGAGCAUUGGACAGCCCACUGCCUGGACCCACGAAAGGCCAUCUUGGCCAGGUCUAAGAGCAAGCCUACCAGGACAUCCUCUGAGCGACCCCCCACCCCACCCCGACUGGGUGACCAUAAACCAGGAGCCUGGGACUGAAGUGCAGCCAGAACUUGAGGAGCAGCCCCUUCAGAUAUUCACACGGGCUGCAACCCCUCACAUCCAUGGGGGCAUGGUACAUUGACUCCUCCCGGCCACAGACAAGACAGGUGGACAGAGUAACAGUGAAGCUGCUCGGGAAUCUAUUACACGGUACUGCCCUGUACAAAACCCCUCCGCCCCAGGUCCCCAAUGUACAGGGGAAUGACCCCUGCACAGACAGACUUCCGCUGGUGGCCUCCCUCACUGCCUGAUGGUAAGCCAGGCUGCCACAGUGUGCCCGGACGGCAGGCGAGGGCACUGAAGUGAGAAAUAUGCAACGGAAGCCCGUACGAGAACCAUCUCGACACAUCGUGGAGUACUCUGACCAGAAGAGCCCAUUCCAGACCUGCAGUAGCUUCUGGUGAAACCCUGGCAUCUCCCGCAUGGUGACGUGGCUGUUGCUUGCCACCGGGAGCCGUGUGCCCUCCUUUACGCAAUGCCACAGGCAAAGUAAGUGUGUCACCAGUGCGUGCCAUCUCAGAGGGUGUUGAGGCAGAGAGCUGCCAGCUGGGUAUGUACGUACACCAGUGAACGACCACCCUCUGCAAUCAGAAUACUCAGGACCACAGCAGAGACACAGUACCAGGUGUGCCCCAGCAGAAGUCCACCAACUUUGUCAGGAUCCUGGUGACAAAUACAGUCGGUGGGACUAGAGUGACCAGCUGGUACCAAGGCAUGGAGGCUACCGGCUUGUUAAUGACCAACGCCCUGCCCCGGUAGAAGAUUGCCACCAUCCCAGUCAGCAGAGACUUCCGUCUCUACGACCCGCCAGUUCGCCGGCCAAGUCUCUGCAGUGAAGACCCCCAGAUAGAGGAGGUCCGUGGUGCUCCACGCAAAUGGUCUUAGAUCCUCUGGCAGGGAGUCCAUCUCCCGCAGAGCCACUAAAAGACCAGAGCACAUUCUCCUGUUGACCCUGGCUGGCAGAGAGUGUGGCUGAGAAGACCGGUUGGUAGUCUUGCAUCCUCUGUAGCUCAACAAGGCACGUUGUGGCAGCAUGCAACAGACUGACACAGGCAACAAAAUGGAGUCUGAAUCAAACGCUCACAGAGACUCGAGGAGGUAGUCAUGAUCACCCUGUCAAACACCUUCUGAUCGAGAGAGUGAAAGACAGCUGACUGGCCAGCAUUACGGAAGAGAUGGAUCUGGUCCCAGAUGAGAAGAAGUUGUCCUGAAUGGACCAACCCAGGACCAUUUUGGACUGUUCUGGGUGGAUCAUUUAGAACAGCAUGGAACCCAGGCAAUCAGCCAUUGUCUGGGCAUGGACAGACACCAGGCACCAAUUCCUCAGGUGGGGAAAAUCCCCUUCUUCUGCAGCAGGACCACGACUGCCCUACUCCAAGAGAGGGACAUCUUACCUGUCACAGACUUUUGCUCAGGACCCUGGUGUAGUCAGAACCCAAUAUGUCCCCAAAAUUGAAAUUCUAGUCACUGAAAUUGAACAAUUCAGUUCACUUCACCCAUGGUAUGUAACUUGUGCUCCUUACAUAAACAUUAAAAAAUUGCCAACAUUAUAACUGUCUUUCUCUUUGUUUUUUAAUUGUCUCUGUCUCUUUGUUUUCAUCCUUUUUCACCAAUUCCCUUUUUUUAAAGAACAGUUUCAUUUUGUGAAAUG